AUGCACCUCAUCAUAGCCCCCAUUCCAACCGACGAUGAGCAGCACUGGGACAAACUAUUUGAGCAGGGACUUGCCAGGCUGGAUGAAGCUUCCAGGACUAAAAUCAAAAGGUAUCAUAGAAAAGAGGAUGCAUGGAGGACUCUGCUUGGUCGUUUGAUUGUGGUGACACUUUUCGCGACUAAAGGAGUAAAACGAGAGGACCUCUCCUUGUGCUUUACUAGCUCUAACAAACCGUUCAUUUUGCCACCGGAAGCCGCCGACACUCGGAUAGCGUUCAAUAUCUCUCAUGACCACAUGCUUGUCGUUGUCGGUUACGAGACGGAUACAUACGAUGAGCUCUGUCUGGGGGUGGACAUGAUGCAUGUGAAAUUACCGCAGGACACAACAUUGGAAAGCUUCAUUGACAUAUUAACGGAUUCGCUGAGCCCAAAGGAGCUCGAUGAUCUUCGAUCAUCCUUGAAAAAGGAUCCUCCCGGGGCUACACUCAAACACAUAUUCUGGAUCUGGACGUUCAAGGAAGCAUAUACGAAGGCAAUUGGGCAAGGAUUAGGAUUUGAGCUCAAUCGCAUUUCCGUGGAUCCUUCGGCAUUGACUAUCCAAAUAGACGGCUCUACUCUCACUGGAUACGAAUUCAUGAUGUUUGAGGUGAAAUUUCACGGUCCAGGGUCGGACAUACAAAAUUACCAAGGUGUUCUUGCGAAGAGAUUAAAAGAUAAUAAAACGCCAGUAAGAAUUAGGAGGAAGAUUGGGGAGUGGGGAGAACCAUACCGUUGGGCCGACAGCGUAACUACCUGGGGAGUUGUGACACAAACCAAAUAUUACGGUUUGGGACUUGGACAGACCGAUUUCUAAGCCCGCCAGAGGCAGUCGGGCUCGAGGAGAGUGACUUAGCAGCGAAGAUGCUAAGUUCAUUGUGACUAGUAGCUACCAUGUAAAUAUAUACCAGUGAAGAAGGAUGCCGCUCUCUCAACAUACCAUCAUGCAAAGACGCAGCCACAUGCAUGCGAAAGCGAGGACCAUAGGGCACGGAUGCGGGGAAAGGGAAAUGGUAUCCUGAUAGUGACCGUGAACUCCCACAUCAUUUCUAC